AUGGCGGAUGGGAACAAAAGGCAUCAUUCUGGAAAAGAAAAUUGUAAUGACAAAUCGCACUGGGUGCCAGAAAUCGGUGAUCAUUACCUCGUGAAGAGAUCAGAUAAUACGCUUCAUGCGGCAGAAAUUAUACAAGUGAGACAGAAUGAAUUUGGGACGCAAGAAUUAUAUGUUCAUUACGAAGGAUUUGAUCGUCGUUUGGAUGAGUGGGUGGAUUUGGACAGGCUAGACUUGUCCUCGAAGUGCGAAGACCCUCAGAGCAAGAAUGGCGAGCUGACAAUUUCUCUGGCAGACUUCACAGAUGGCACUGAUCGCAAGAUCACCAGGAAUCAGAAGCGUAAACAUGAUGAAAUUAAUCAUGUUCAAAAGACUUUUGCAGAGAUGGAUCCUACCACUGCAGCUUUGGAGAAGGAGCAUGAAGCUAUUACAAAGGUGAAAUACAUAGACAAAAUUCAGUUUGGCAAGUACGAGAUUGAUGCUUGGUACUUCUCCCCGUAUCCGGAAGAGUAUGGCAAACAGCCUAAGCUUUGGGUUUGUGAGUUUUGUCUGAAAUAUAUGAAACUGGAAAAAUCUUUCCGCUAUCACCAGUCACAGUGCACCUGGAGACACCCGCCUGGCAAAGAGAUUUAUCGGAAGGGAACAAUUUCAGUGUUUGAAGUUGAUGGCAAGGACUGGAAGAUCUACUGUCAAAACUUAUGCUUGCUGGCAAAGUUAUUUCUGGACCAUAAGACCCUCUAUUUUGAUGUGGAACCCUUCAUGUUUUAUAUUUUGGUUGAAGUUGAUCGCUACGGCUGCCAUCUUGUUGGCUACUUCUCCAAAGAAAAAGAAUCUCCGGAUGGAAAUAACUUGGCCUGCAUCCUGACACUACCUCCACACCAGCGUAAAGGCUACGGCAAGUUUCUUAUUGCGCUCAGUUAUGAACUGUCAAUCAUAGAAGGAGUUGUGGGUUCCCCUGAAAAGCCUUUAUCUGAUUUGGGCAAGUUGAGCUAUCGCAGUUACUGGACCUCCGUUCUCCUAGAUUGCAUCUACAGGAUGGGGGUGAAGGUCAGCAUGAGGGAGCUGGAAAAGAUGACAUCCAUUUCUUACAUGGAUGUUGUCAGCACACUUCAGUCACUAAACCUCAUCAAGUAUUGGAAAGGCAACCAUAUUUUGUGUGUGACUCCAAAGUUGAUUGAGGAGCUGUACCAGAAGGUCUGCAAGAAGCCACCUCUGCUUGUGGACCCGACAUGCUUACGGUGGGAGAAGCCACUUUCUAAGCUUCCUGUCAAAGUAGCCAAAAGAUAA